CGCUCGGCGGGACGUGGGCGGCGGCUCCGGGCGGGUGCUGGGACGGUCUACAGACAGGGACCCUGGGGAGAGAAUCGGGAGCCUGGGGGGCAGCCAUCUGGGGCCGCACGCCUAGGUCCUCGGGGGUAGUGCGGGGGACACGGAGUCCCUGCAGAAAGCGAGUGCUCAAGGGACCCAGGAAACCGGCGUCUGGGUUCAGGCGGGGAUGUGGGGUCCGGUGACUCGGUUCUCCCUUGCAGGCUGCGAUGCCGGGGCGCAGGAAGGUAGAGCAGGUGGCCGGUCCCGAGGGGUCGGAUAUGGGCAGGCUGGAUGCCGGAAGGGGGAUCCCCAUAGACUCGUGCUUAGCCACUAGGAAGCUUUCUAUUCAGGACCCCACAGGCAGUGGGGCUGCCCCCACCUGUCCCGGGGGCCGGGUAGCUCAGCUUCCAAACUUCUGCCUUCCCCAGGGUUGCUAGGAGCAACAGCCUCAUUUUAAGAGAGCUGAGCGCUUGGCGAUCCUCCCUGAGCCUGGGCCUUACCCCUCUUCCCGCGGGUGAGGGGAGGCGGUAUCUGCCCUGGGCCCCCCAUCCACUCCCCGGAUGUUUUAUGUGCAAUCGAGGCUCCUUCCGUACACUGGCACCCCGAGUUCUGGUUUUUGAUCUCACACAAUCCACUUCCUGUUGUGACCCAACACCCCCAAGGGGGCAGUGGGCGAAUGCCUGAGGCCCUGGGGAGCAGGCGCAAGAGGAAAAGAUUGGGGCUGUGUAGCUCUAUCCAGAGGGCAUCAGGAAGAGGGGCCUGGUCCUGAGCUGUCACUUCUUCUGCAAAACAGUGCCAUACCAGCCCCACCACUCCCCGCCUAUAGAGUAGGGAAACCCAGGUUUCUGAGCACCAAGUAGAAUCAGUAUUGGGGAGAGAGAAUCCGAGAAAGGACUGGUGUCCUGGUUUGGGGGUUAAACAACCCAGAGAAAGGGGAAGUCACUGAGGAGGGAGGCCCCCGAUUUCCGUUAUGUGGUUCGGGGAGAGGGAAGGAUGGACCAAAGGGGGAUUGCUGACUUGGGCAUAAUUCCUCCCAUCAAAUUCUGGGCCACAGGAAAUGUAGAUAAUAGCAGGAAGUGUGAGGGGGCAUCUGCUUCUGUGCCCCCCCCCCCAUCACCCCCACACUCCACCUCCUUGGCCAGCUUCAGUGUACACACGCUGCUUCUCCCUAGCCUGGCAGGAGGUUGGCUGAGUUAGGAUCCAGAAGGCAGGUGCUCUGCAGCUGCUCCAGGGCAAUUACCACAAACCGACACUCCACUUGGCCACCGGCUUGUGGAUGUCACAGUCCUCUGCCAGGGCUCCUAAUAGGAAGAAACACUGGGACAAAGGAAAACCAGAAGCAAAGGAGAGCUGGAUGGUGCCAUAGCAGUCAGACCAAGUUGGGGCAAGAGGAGGGGUGCUCAGUCCAGCUGGCCAUCAUGUCAGUGUUUACUCUGCUUUACUGGAUGGGGAUACCCAGGGGACCUCCUUAGCCUCUGCCUUAGGGCCUUUGGAUAGCUUGCCCUUCUGGGAAGAAGGGGCAAGUAAAGUGAUUACAGCAGAAAUGGGUGGUGGGGCUGGAGGAAGGAGAGGCCAGCUGGUGGGAUUUCAGCGUCUCCUAUCUGGGGACCCUUCCCAGAGGUCACCGCUGAGGCAGAGCGGAUUAGGAGGUGGUGCAGCAAAGAACAAGCCCCCAAGUGGCCGGAGCCUUGGAGUUGCCAGUUACUUCCCCACUCUUCCAGCAGUGGGUGGAGCCCAGGCCUGGAUUGUUGUAGCAGUUGGGAAGUGAAUCCCUUUCAACCCAACACACCUAAUGCCAAUUACAAAGGCAGGGCCGUAUAAUAGUUCAGUGACUAAGAGCAUGGACUCGGAGUCAGACCGCCUGUUUGUCUACCAUGUACACUGUGACCUUAGGCAAAAUACUUGACCGCUCCUGGGCCUCAGUGUCCUCACCUAUAAAAUAGGAAUAUUGGGACCUCCAUCGUUAAGAGUAUUAAAUGAGAUAACACACAUGAAACGCUUUAAACAGGGCUGGGUGUAUUCACGCAGUAAAUGUUAGCAUCAUCAUCAUUUCGUAUGCCUGGCAUUGUGUUGGGGACACCUAACGGAAUAAGGCCUCUGCUGCUCACGGUCUAUCUAGUGCAGCAGGCAGUACACAGCUAACUGCCCUGGCAUGGAACCAUGCCACACAUAACACAUAAACAAGGUAUGACAUGAACCCAAAGGAGGGACCAGGGUCUGGGCUUGCUCCCCUUUUUAAAGGAGGUGAUACCCGAGCUGGACCUUGAAAGAGAAACAAGCUUUUAAGCUGCUGAGAUUAGAGAUGGGGAGAAUUCGAGGUUCAUGGAGUAGGGUCACACUUAGGUAGUGCCUAGAGUAGAAACCAUUUUAAGGCAAAGGCCGAAGCCUGUCAAGUCCUCCAGCUGUCUUUGAAGCUGGAGUCCAGAGAAGAUGGAAAGAGGGUUAGGUCUCUUGCAGACAAUACUGCAACCUGCCCAUUCAGGUCCCCUUGGGGGAGGUCCUCGGGGAAGAGCCAGGGUGGUUCCUGUGGCAACCAGCGGCCAUUGCGGUGGAGGAGGGGAUCUAGGGGAACUAGUGCGGGUGGAGGGGGGUUGCCAUGACAACCAGCUUUGAGGGGCUGCCAAGAUGGGAAUGUUAAGGACCUCUGGUUACCUUUUUGGGGAAAAGUGGGGGGGGGAGGGGCUGGACAAAGCCCCAAAGCCUCUAGGCAGGAAUCCGGGGUGAGCUCUGCUGCUGAGGAUGGGGAGGGAUAAGGUCCUGGCAUCCGGGUCCCUGCUGAGUCUGAGGGAGGCAGUGGGGUUUCCCUUUCUGUUUUGUUAGGGUCUUCAAGAAGUCGAGCCCUAACUGCAAGCUCACUGUGUACUUGGGCAAGCGGGACUUUGUAGAUCACCUGGACAAAGUGGAUCCCGUAGAUGGCGUGGUGCUUGUGGACCCUGACUACUUGAAGGACCGCAAAGUGUUUGUGACCCUCACCUGCGCCUUUCGCUAUGGCCGCGAAGACCUGGAUGUGUUGGGCUUGUCCUUCCGCAAAGACCUGUUCAUCGCCACCUACCAGGCCUUCCCCCCAACGUCCAACCCGCCCCGGCCCCCCACCCGCCUGCAGGACCGGCUGCUGAGGGAGCUGGGCCAGCAUGCCCACCCCUUUUUUUUCACAAUACCCCAGAAUCUGCCCUGCUCCGUCACGCUGCAGCCGGGCCCAGAGGACACAGGGAAGGCCUGUGGCGUAGACUUUGAGAUCCGAGCCUUCUGUGCCAAAUCACUAGAAGAGAAAAGCCAUAAAAGGAACUCUGUGCGGCUGGUGAUCCGAAAGGUGCAGUUUGCCCCAGAGAAACCCGGCCCCCAGCCUUCAGCUGAAACCACACGCCACUUCCUCAUGUCCGACCGGUCCCUGCACCUUGAGGCUUCCCUGGACAAGGAGCUGUACUACCACGGGGAGCCCCUCAGCGUCAAUGUUCACGUCACCAACAACUCCACCAAGACUAUCAAGAAGAUCAAAGUCUCUGUGAGACAGUAUGCCGACAUCUGCCUCUUCAGCACUGCCCAGUACAAGUGCCCCGUGGCUCAGAUCGAACAAGAUGACCAGGUAUCUCCCAGUUCCACGUUCUGCAAGGUGUACACCGUAACCCCGCUGCUCAGUGACAACCGGGAGAAGCGCGGCCUUGCCCUGGAUGGGAAGCUCAAGCACGAGGACACCAACCUGGCUUCCAGCACCAUCGUGAAAGAGGGUGCCAACAAGGAGGUGCUGGGGAUCCUGGUGUCGUACAGGGUCAAGGUGAAGCUGGUGGUGGCCCGCGGUGGGGAUGUCUCAGUGGAGCUGCCUUUUGUUCUUAUGCACCCCAAGCCCCAUGACCACGUCACCGCCCCCAGACCUCAGUCAGUUACUCCUGAAACAGAUGCCCCAGUGGACACCAAUCUCAUUGAAUUUGAUACCAACUAUGCCACAGAUGAUGACAUCGUAUUUGAGGACUUUGCCCGGCUCCGGCUGAAGGGGAUGAAGGAUGAGGACUACGAUGACCAAUUCUGCUAGGAAGGGGGGCUGGAAGAAGGGAGUGGAUGGUGCUGGGAGAGGUAGGGGCAGGACCAAGAUCCCCACUGUCAUUGGGGUGGGUCCCAGCCCCUUUUCCCUUCCCCUCCUUCCAGCAGCUUCCUCAACCAACCCUUCCCUCCCCCCCGUCCCUCUCCUAUUUCCCACCCCCCAGCCUCCAUACGCACUGGACCCAUCUCCUGUUGAACAUGGGCAUUAAUGUUUUGACUACAGCUGUGCUACCCCAACCCCCCAGUGGGUGGCAAGCUGUGUUCAUACCUAAAAUUUUUGGAGGGGGAUGCUGAAAAGAGGAGUGAUAGUAGGAAAAGGGGGGAGAAAGAACUGCAUACUCAUUCCCUCUUGUCACUAUCUGCCUCCCAUUCCUUCAAGCUGAGACCCUUGGCAGGGGCAAGGCCACUUCUUUGUUUCUGAGCAUAAAGAAUAAACCUUUUAAUAGGCA